GGAGAGUGUUGCAAAGCAGAAUUGUAAACCAGGGAGAGAGAGUUAACGAGCGGCGCCACAAGAUGCAGAUCUUCGUGAAAACCCUAACGGGGAAGACGAUUACGUUGGAAGUUGAGUCCAGCGAUACCAUCGACAAUGUCAAAGCUAAGAUCCAGGAUAAGGAAGGUAUUCCCCCGGACCAGCAGAGACUUAUCUUUGCUGGGAAACAGCUUGAGGAUGGGCGAACGCUCGCUGACUACAAUAUCCAGAAAGAGUCAACUCUACACCUGGUGCUCAGGCUUCGUGGUGGUAUCAUUGAGCCAUCUUUGAUGGCAUUGGCUAGGAAGUACAAUCAGGAUAAGAUGAUCUGCCGCAAGUGCUAUGCCCGCCUGCACCCUCGUGCUGUCAACUGCAGGAAAAAGAAGUGUGGACACAGCAACCAGUUGAGGCCAAAGAAGAAGAUAAAGUAGACUGUUGAUUUUGGGAGAGGAAAUCUAUGCAAAAGUUUAUGCUUUGAUUUAUUUUCUGGAUCUCUUAUGCCUAGAACUAUUUACUUUAUACUCAUUAGGAGUUUGAAUUGUUAUUGUUUUUGCUUUUUAACAUUCUCAAGUAAUGGCAUGUUUUGUUCUUGACCUUUGAGUACUAA